AUGGCUAUUGCAUUGGACAGAGCAGAUUUAGAACAUUUCCUUCAUCGCAGAAAGUUCUGCUGGACGCUGCUGGCCUCGGCUCGAUGCAGCCCCAGAGAGUCACCCGAGGGAAUGAGCAAACCCCAGAGUGAGAAUUACCGACCCGAACAAGCAGGAAACAGGAAACGCUCGCGUUUGGGGAGGCUGAAGCCGGCGCGGCAGCCCGGCCGCCGGGGGCGAGCUGACAUGCAGGCUCCCCGCGCAGCCCUCGUCUGCGCCCCGCUCCUCGCGCUCCUGCACGCCGCCCAGGGUAAUGAUGAGGAACCAGAACAGUCAGGAGAUAUACCCCAGGAAAAUGUAAGAACAAAUGAAGAAACUCCUGCAAGCACAUUUGCUGCAAUGACCACAGAAACAUUACCUACAGAUAUGAAUUCCACCCUCAUUGCCGAGGACACGAGUCAGUUAGAGUUUAUAUUAGUGGUGUUGGUACCAGUGAUUUUAUUGGUCCUCCUGCUUUCCUCAGUGGUCCUCAUUGUAAUAAACUACAAAAGAAAAAGAACUAAACAAGAGCCUUCUAGCCAAGGAUCUCAGAGUGCUUUACAGACAUAUGAACUGGGAAGUGAAAACCUGAAAGUGCCUAUUUUUGAGGAGGACACACCUUCUGUUAUGGAAAUAGAAAUGGAGGAGCUUGAUAAAUGGAUGAACAGCAUGAAUAGAAAUGCUGACAGUGAAUGUUUACCUACUUUGAAGGAAGAAAAGGAAUCAAACCACAACCCAAGUGACAAUGAAUCCUAAAACUGAAUGGUGCUAAUGUUUUCCAAGAGAAGCAGCCCCCAAGGGAUCCUGCUGGGCCUGCCAACAGAGGAUGAAGAGGAUACAAAUUUAAUUAAUUUCAAAUCACUGUAGACACAGCACCUUUUGCUGUU